AUGGCCUGCGUCGGUGCUGCGAGUGCCUGCGCGGACGUUGACGCGCUCUUCUCGAGCCACUGGGAGCUAAAUGACUCCCUGACUCGCUUCGUCAAUUUCAAGUGGACCAGCUCAAGCUAUCAAGUUGCAACGAAGGCUGUUCUUGCCGUGGUUGAGGCUCCUGCUGUCAAGGAUGAGGUCCCUUCUUCUCCUGUGGAGGUUCCUGCUGUCGCUGUGUUGUUCCCUGCUGUCCCUGAGGUUCCUGCUGUCCCUGUGGAGGUUCUUGCUGACUCUGAGGUGGUUCCGGCUGUCCCUGUGGAGGUUCCUGCGGACCUGGUCGAAGCUGCUGCGUGCUCAGCUGGAACCGCUGCCUUGUCAACUGAGGUCGUCUCUCCUUUCUCGGCUGCUACUCCUCGCUCCUCGGCUGAAGCAGUGUUCAAUUCGAUUGAGAGCUCGAUCUACUCAGUUGAAAAGGCGUGGUGGUUGGCUGUUCUGGAACCAGAGGAAGUGGCUUUUUCGUUCCUGGUUCCGAGGACAUACAAGGAUGUGACGAUGGGCUCAAAGGUACAGAAUGGUGCGGUGGUGGGUGCAGAGGCGAGCAGCAGGCGGUGCAGCUUGAAUCGGAAUGAGAGUGCGUGUCUCAUCGACCUCACCUGGGAUACCUGCUCCUUCUCUUCUGAUAGCCUUUGCAGUACACAGACGGACUUGCUCACAGAGGCAGCCAGUAGUAAGAGGGGGAUUGGCCGGGGCAACAGCAGCACUGGGAAGGGAUGGAAUGUGGAGGCGAAGGGGCUUGGGAAGGCUGAAGGAAUGACUGCUUUCUCGAACCAACUCUUUGGGGAUGAUGAGGAGGACGAGGAUUACAGCAGCAGAAACGGUUUUACGACCGCCAACAUCUCCCCCACUCCCCUCCGUUCCUCCUUUCCUCUCAGCCAAUUCCUCCUCAUCCUGCCCCUUUUCGUAGCUCUGCUUCCCCCUCACCCCUGUUCCCGCGACCGCGCGCAACCUCUCUUAAUGCUUCUCGCGCGCCUUCAUCCACCAAUAUCCUUGCCGCUCCGCCCGUCUCUUUCCGCGCCCCCCCCGCUACAACACCCCGUGCUCUGGUCUCUCAUCCGCCCGCGCCUCAACCUCGGCGCCUGCACGAGGAGGGCGGCUGUGCUGAAGAGCCUUUUCGUACCCCUUAGAGCACGUGGCAGUCAUUCAGCCGCUAAAAUGCUCUCAUUUCACGAGGAGGUGGUGGCACAGCUGCACGAGGAGGGCGGGCUGGCGGUCCUGGGGGCGGGGCUGGGGCUGCACAAGAGGCAGGCCGUGCAGGAGGAGCUUGCGGCGCUCAACAGAGCUGCUCCGGCCCUUGCAGCUGCUCCCUUUGAGAACUCUCAAAAUGUUCCUUCCCGCUCCAGCCCGCCUGCUGCUCCACGGGACAAUCGGGCGGCAGCAGGAUCAGGGUCAGUAGCAGCAGCAGCAGCCGCAGCCGCAGCCGCAGCCGCAGCAGCAGCGGUGGCUGUCGCAUCAGCAAGGGUAGCAGCUGCUGCUGUGGCAGCACCAUCAGCAGAGGGAGACGAGGCUGCCAAGGUGUCACCUGCAGUGGCAUCCAAUGGACCGGAGGCAGAAGCACCCCUGUCGACCGCGCUGCACCGCCCUGCACUCCCGUGUGUGCUGGCCGAGGUGAACAGCAGCAUGUCGAGUGCUGACAGGGUGGCGGCGUACCGAGAGGGAGGGUGCUUCGCCGUGACCUCCCGCAUCCUCAUCGUCGACAUGCUCUCCGAUCGAGUGCCCUUCAAUAAGCUCAAGGGCAUGUUAGUGGCGAAUGCACACAGGAGGUGUUGUCCAGCCUUCCUUUACUCCUUCUCCCCUCUUCCCUGCUUGCACCUGUCUCACUCGCAGCUGAAGGGCAUAGUGGUAGUGAACGCACACAGGGUCACCGACACAGGAGCAGAGGCCUUCAUCCUGAGGCUCUUCAGGGAUGCCAACAAGCACGGCUUUAUCUACGCGCUGUCAGACCGCCCCAACUCGCUGACUGCCGGCUUCCACAAGGCGGAGCGAAUCCUCAAAGCGCUCUUUUUGCGCCGCCUUUACCUGUGGCCGCGAUUCCAGGUGGAGGCACUCUCUCCUUCAGAGCAUUCUCAAAGCGCUUCCCUCCUGUGCCACAUCUACCUCUGGCCGCACUUCCUGGUAAGUGUAUGCCGUCCCAUCCCUCAUGCACACACUGCCACCCUUGCAUAUGCUGACCAGAUCAGCAACUCUCAGUCGUUGGAGCAGCACCCCCACACGAGGAGGACGCGAGGUGAGGGUGCCUCUCUCGCCGGCAGCAGCAACCUCAUACCUCCUUAUAGUACUGUAUUCCAUCCGCCCACCCGUUUUGGCCUAUGCUUCAGUACCUUUUCUAUCCACCCUUAUUCACCCAUCGUUCAGGUCAGUGUGUCCCAGUCAUUGGAGCAGCACCCCCCCCAUGUGGAGGACGUGAGGGUGCCUCUCUCGCCGGCAGCAGCAGCCAUCCAGCAGGCCAUCGUUGACAUCAUGGGCUCGUGCCUGCAGGAUCUGCGCCGUACAAACAAGCUGGACGUGGACGAUCUGACGGUGGAGAGCGGGCUGUUCAAGUCGUUUGACGAGAUCGUGCGGCGCCAGCUGGAUCCCGUGUGGCACACCCUGGGCCGCAAGAUCAAGCAGGUGACGUCAAGUGCUAUCUCUUUUGACCGCAUCCACGUCCCUCUCAUUCAUCUCGUGCUUAUUGAGACGCCUCAAAUGUUCAUGCUUGGGUUUCGCUUCCAUCUCAUCCCUCCCUUCCAUGUGUCAUCUUCGCUCACCAUGCAGCUGGUGGCGGACCUGAGGACUCUCAGGAAGAUAGCAGAGCAUCUGCUUCGAUACGACUCGGUCACCUUCCUGUGCUUCCUCAGCAUCCUCAUUCCCAUUCCUGCUUCCACCCCAUUCCUUGUGUUGUUUGCCAUGCAGCUAGUGGCUGAUCUGUGGACUCUCAGAAAGAGAGCAGAGCAGCUGUUGCGCUAUGACUCGGUCACCUUCCUGCGCUUCCUCCCUACGGCCCUCAUCCUCAUCUCCCUCUUCCCACCCACUUCCAUCCUAUACUUUUCCUUUCCUAUCCUACAGCUAGUGGCCGACCUCAGAACCCUCAGGAAGAUAGCCGAGCACCUGCUGCGUUACGACUCGGUCACCUUCCUGCGCUUCCUGGAUGCGCUCAAGGCGAGCGAAUCAAAGGCCGCCAUCUGGAUCUUCGUGGACCCCGCGCCCAGGAUAUUUGAGCUGGCCAAGCGGAGGGUGUACCAGGUGGGUGAGAGGGUCGGAGCAUAG